AAAUGGAGCCAACCUUCCUGAUCUCCGUCAUUCACGUCAGAUCGCUGUACUUUGAUCCUCGUGCUUUCAAGCAGGAAGUCAAGGAGCUUUUUCUCGGCAGGGACAGGUCCUUUCUGUCAUGAAACCUCUUGGUGGAAUAUCUACUUGAAAGAAGGAGCCAUGAUACCGGAGCGGAGCUGAUACUGACAGGCUGGACUGGAGUGGUUCUCGCCAAUCUGAGGUUUUUAACUCUUCCAUAAAAAAAGAGAGAGACGUUGCAAUCUGAAAAUGUUUGGAGGACACACCAGACCUUUCUCCUACUCUCCAGGUUUCACACAGGAGGACCUCCCUCAGCAGAGACGUCUGAGGGAGACAGCUUACCAACAAGAUGACUUCAGGGGGUCUCCACUGAGACAGAGCAUGUCCAGACCCAGUGCCAAAUCAAUAUACAUACAGAGAAAGGAGUACUCUGAAACGCUGAACAAACAAUCUAACAGCUUUCAUAGCAGAGUGGAGCACCUGUUCACCUGCGAGCUGGAUGGUCAGGACAUGAAAACAGUGAACGACUGCGUGGCCAAGCUUAAGAGGCUGGAUGCCAAAGGUCGACUGUGGCCACAGGACAUGUUCUUGGAGGUCCAAAGAGGACAUGUAGUGCUCAGUGACAUAGAGACCAAGGCAGAAUUAGACGCGCUGCCUUUUAGUGAUAUUAAGCAAGUCACGGCUGUUCUGGACAGCUGCGCCUACAACUCUCUGCUGGCAGUAACUGUACAAGAACGCAACAAACGCUCUCCUCAGGUCUUCAUGUUCCAGUGUGAGGAGACUGGGGCGGAGCUCAUCAAGAGUGAUCUGGAUAAGGCAGUCCAAAAAGGAGAUGAUGAUGUGGAUCCACGGAGAGACCAGUUUGACAUCAGGAUUAAUCUUGAGAAUAUAAUCGGGCAACAUACUCGGGAAAGUUUCCGGCACGCUGGGCCUCCUCCUAGGCAGCAAGACAGACCCCAAGCCCCACCAGUACCAGACCAUCCACCUCCAAAGUGGAGAGAACCAGUAGAGCAUAUGCCGCCUCCAAUGACCUUCUCUCCAGAACCAAUGAUGCAGCAUCCUGAUUUUCAUGAUGUACACCGCAGACCAGAGCCCCCUUCACCAGUUGAGCCUCCAGACACAGAGAGAAACACGGAAAUUUUUAACCAUGUUUUGAAUGAUGUUGAGUUCUUCACGAUCAAAGUGUCUGCUGCAGCAAAUGCACCUUCACAAGAACAGGACAUGAGCAAGAAGAAGAAGAAGAAGAAGACAAAAUCAAAGAAAAAUGAAGCACCAGUCGUGAUUCUGCCACCGUGGGAGGAAUAUGUCUCCUUUCUUCAGAAAGUGAAAUAUGGAUUCAAUCUACUGGGCCAGCUUGACGGGUCACUGAACGGCCCCACUGCUCCUGACUUUGUCCACAUCUUCUUCAAUAGUUUGGCCUUUGUAGUACCUCAGUAUCCUCUAGACAUACCUCCCAGUGUGGUCUCUCCCCUGCUGACAGUGCCGGCCCUGCGGCUGCUCAGUCAGGUCGUCGACCCGGAGGAGGACCAGUUGUGGAGAUCUCUGGGAGAUAGCUGGAAUGUCCAGAGGUCAAAAUGGCCGGAAGAUGUCCCACCUUACAUCCCAGAGUUCUAUGAUGGCUGGCAGCCGCCUCCCCCCUCACCCAUGCGUGCACGUGCAUCACCUAUGCCUCACCAGAAUGGUGCAUUAAGCAGGAGCAACAGCCAGCACUUCCCACCUGACCAGCAUCCUGAACAGCCUAUGACCAAUGGUCCAUGGGGUUCACCACCACCAAUGCAAGCACAUCCCACUGAGCCACCCCUCUACAUGCGGGUCAUGUACAACUUCAUGGCCAAGAACAACCAAGAGCUGAGUGUUAUGAAGGGCGAUGUAGUUCAGGUGGUUCAGAAAGCCAAACAAUGGUGGUUUGUUCGCAACAGCCGCAAUGAGGAAGGCAAUGUUCCUCAGAGUGUUCUGGAACCGAUGACGGACGACAGGCCCAUGGACGAUCAAUCAAUGGACACUCAGGGUCCAGUGAUGCUGGACCAUAACUCCUCACCUGCAGAGGUCAGAGCCUGGCUGGAGUACAAAGGUUUCUCCAGAAUCACUGUGAGCAGCCUCGGGGUGCUGACUGGUAGACUGCUUCUGGGGAUGUCCAAGAAUGAGAUAAGAACUGUGUGUCCAGAGGAAGGCGGAAAGGUCUUCUUUCAGCUGCAGGGCAUUAAAUCCUCCAUUGCACUCGCCAGUGAGCCAUCAGGCAUGUACAAUGGCCGCUACUGACAUCCUGCAUCGCUGCUCCUUCACUCUGUCUCCUGAAUUUUCACCGUGGUUAUUCGUCUCACUAAUUCUUUAAUUCUUGUGUGAAAUAAGUUACUCUGAAAUGUAUUUUAAUUUUAUUUUUCUGCCAACAUGCCUGCAGUUAUUUCAAAUAAAUUGUGUAUAGUUUCCCGGCUGUGAUUAAAAAAAAUGUAUCUACUCUAUGGUUGAAUCUUCUACUGCAUUAACCUGUAGCCCUUAUAAUAUAUUAUCUUAAUUGAUUCCUGUAUAUCAUGUAUUGUGGAGAAAAUGAUUGAGUCUCAAACUGAAAGUGCAAGAUUUUUCUUUAAUCUGCCAAAAGAAAUCUGUUUCAGAUGUAACAAAGAAAUUAAGUUAAUAAAGUUCACACAUGUUCAUAA